GGUGUGGCCUGCAUUGUUUUUAACAGCAGUCAGUUUCAGUUGAAACAUUUCAGGUGGAGCAGAGAGACAGGACGACAGAUUAUUUUGAACAGAGAUUUUAACCAACGGAUCCAGCAGUGAUGUCCUCGAGGCCGAAUGGGAGUCCACCUCCCUACGAAUCAGAUACUGGAUAUAAUGUGCCCCCCCAACCAGCCUAUUCCUACUACCCAGACGAUGAGUUCCAGCAUUUCUACCGCUGGACGUCUCCACCAGGCAUCCUCAAAAUCAUGUCCAUCAUCUCCCUCGUGAUGUGCGUGGCCAUAUUUGCCUGCGUUGCCUCCACGCUGGCCUGGGACAGUCAGGGAGCGAUGGGAGGCUAUGGAGGGUCCUACGGGGGAACUGGGGGUGGUGGGUAUGGUGGUGGUGGUGGGUAUGGUGGUGGCGGUGGGUAUGGUGGCGGUGGGUUUGGAGGCGGUGGAUAUGGAGCUGGAAACAGCUAUGGCUACGGUGGGCUCGGAGGAAACUACAAUGACCCCCGCAAGGGCAAAGGAUUCAUCAUCGCCAUGGCAGCCAUCACCUUCAUCGCCUGCCUGGCCAUCUUCAUCAUCGUCGUUUCUCACCAGACCCUAUCAACAAGCAGGAGGUUCUACCUAGCAGUCGUGAUCAUCAGCGCUAUCUUAGCACUGCUAAUGCUAAUAGCAGCUAUAGUGUACCUGGUGGCAGUGAACCCCGGCGCUCAGUCCUCGGGAUCGGCCUUCGGCAGCCAGAUCGCUGCACUAUGUGCUCCGUACAAACAAACACAGCCCAUUGGAAUGUUACAGAAUCAGUAUCUGUACCACUACUGCGUUGUGGAGCCACAAGAGGCCAUCGCGGUAGUGUUCGGCUUCCUGGUCGCCAUCGCUCUCAUCAUCAUGCUCGUCUUCGCUCUGAAGACUCGCAAGAAAAUCCAAAACCACGGCAAGAGCAACAUCCUGUGGAAGAGGGUGAAGGUUAUCGAGGAGAUGGAGCCACCUCAAGAUGUAGAGGCAUGGGUGAACAAUGUGUCUGGAAGCCCAGAAGUGUUCCCAAUGUCGGACUACCCCGAGAAGCUGAGCGGCUCCAGGAGUCACCUGGAUGAUGAGAGCACCAACUAUGACAAACCCCCCUACAACUACACCCCUCAGCCUGCAGAAGAGAACAUGCCUCUGCAAAAUGGAGCUCCCUACAGCAGUAUCUCAGAGGUGGCCAGCUCUCGUGGAAAGCCCAAAAAGAGACGAGCAGGCCGGCCGCGCCGGGCCGACGGACAGGAGUACGAAACGGACUACAACUCCUCCGGAGACGAGCUGGACGACGACGACUUCGACAGUGAAUACCCUCCCAUAAGAAACGAGGUGGAGCGCAAUAACUACAAACGUGAUUUUGAUCGCGAACACCAGGAGUACAAAGACCUGCAGGCGGAGCUGGACGCCCUCAAUAAGGGUCUGUCAGACCUCGACCGAGAGCUGGACGACCUGCAGGAGGGCAGCCCACAGUUCCUGGAUGCUUUGGAUGAGUACAACAGGAUGAAGAACAGUAAGAAGUCUCCAGACUAUCUGGUGAAGAAGCGCAGGUGUAAAUAUCUGAAGUCCAAACUGAACCACAUCAAGAAGAUGGUCAGUGAUUUCGACCGCAGAGCCUGAACAACUACUUGUGGAUCUUACGCAUGUCCGAGAUGAAAAGAUGGCACUAAAUCUUGUUGGGGUGAAAUGUUUGAGGAUUUCAGACAACAGAGGAGGAGGUACACUGAUGUCGAACACAGAAGUCUCCAAAACAGUGUCUGAGCUGUUAGCUGGUGAAACAUUGCAAUGGUUGUUUUCUACUUUUGAGACACAGAAAACAAAGAUUCCCUCUUGUGUUAUGACACUGUUUGUAUUACGAGUAUCACCUGCCGUAGAUACUGUUAUAUGUAUUUAUUUUGCUUCAUGUUAUGUGAAAUCAGCUAUAAGAGGAGGUUAAGCUACUACAUAGUGGAGGGAACACAAAACUAAACUGUUUGUUUUUUUAAUUGCUCUUUUUACGUUGAUUUAUUAUGAGAUUCCUUUUUAUGAUGAUUCACAUUUCUUGCAAUAUCGAUGUAAAUAUGUGGGAAACGCUGCAAUUUUUAAUGAUUUUAGCAAAGUGUGUUACGGUGUGUUACUUUAUGGAUGGUAGAACAAACAGACCUUUUUAAAUAUAUGUUUAAUGCAUACUGAUGUACUUUUAAAAUGAUUUGAUCACUCUUUUUUAUUAUAAUAAAUACAUUUUAUUGAACUUUU